AUGGCAACGGUGUCGUUUACUCUCAAUCUCUGUCGCUUUGGCCGAAAUUUAUGCAACACGCUCUACCCUACUUCCUCUCUCACUCUCUUAAACCCUCCUAUCGUCAAAUUCCGACGCAAAAUUCGCCGCAGAAUCUCCUUCUCCGUUUCCACUUUCUCCCGUCGAUUUUCCACCGUCGCAGCCACUUCCUCCUCCCGCGAUUAUGAAUUUGGAACGGCAGACGAAAAAUAUGAUGUCAUUGUAGUUGGAGGAGGACACGCUGGGUGCGAAGCUGCUCUUGCUUCUGCGCGUUUGGGUGCAAGAACUCUUCUUCUUACUCUUAAUAUUGACCGGAUUGCGUGGCAGCCUUGCAAUCCAGCAGUUGGUGCGCCUGCAAAGUCACAGCUUGUUCAUGAAGUGGACGCACUUGGUGGCGAAAUUGGGAAAAUUGCUGAUAGAUGUUAUUUGCAAAAGCGUGUACUCAAUUCCUCAAAAGGUCCCGCAGUUCGUGCUUUACGUGCCCAGACUGAUAAAAGGGAAUAUGCCAUGCUAAUGAAAAAUGUAGUAGAAAGUACUCCAAACCUCUCUAUUCGAGAGGCUAUGGUCACUGAUAUCUUACUGGGAAAGAAUGACAAUGUGGAAGGUGUUAGCACAUUUUUCGGAAUGAACUUCUAUGCUCCGUCUGUCAUUCUCACAACAGGAACUUUUAUGAGUGGUAAAAUUUGGGUUGGUAGAACUUCUAUGCCCGCAGGAAGAGCUGGCGAGUCCGCUUCUCAUGGAUUAACUGAGAACUUACAGCAACUUGGUUUUGAAACUGAUCGGUUGAAAACCGGAACUCCAGCCCGAGUGGAUAUUCGCACUGUAGAUUUCUCUGGAUUAGAACCUCAACAUGGAGAUGAAGAGGUCAGCUGGUUUAGUUUCGAUCCUGAUGUCCAUAUUGAAAGAGAACAGAUGUGCUGCUACCUAACUCGUACUACUAGUACUACUCACCAGAUAAUUAGAGAUAACUUGCAUGAAACACCCACGUAUGGAGGGUGGGUUGAAGCCAAAGGACCUAGAUACUGCCCUUCCAUAGAAGAUAAGAUUGUAAGAUUCCAAGAUAAAGAAUCUCAUCAAGUAUUUCUUGAACCGGAGGGUCGAGACGUGCCUGAGCUCUAUGUGCAAGGGUUCUCUACUGGUUUGCCUGAGAAACUACAGUUGCCUCUGCUGAGAACGUUACCAGGACUUGAGAACUGUUCAAUGUUGAGGCCUGCAUAUGCUGUGGAGUAUGAUUAUUUACCUGCUCAUCAAUGUUCUAGGUCUCUUAUGACUAAGAAAAUACAAGGAUUGUUCUUCUCUGGUCAGAUAAAUGGAACUACGGGUUAUGAAGAAGCCGCAGCGCAGGGCAUUAUAUCGGGUGUCAAUGCUGCUAGACACGCAGAUGGUAAAUCACUCAUUAUUCUUGAGAGGGAAAGCAGUUACAUAGGAACAUUAAUUGAUGAUCUAGUCACCAAGGACCUGCGAGAGCCUUACCGGAUGUUAACAAGCCGCUCAGAGCAUCGGUUACUCUUGAGAUCUGAUAAUGCUGAUAGCCGUCUCACUCCUUUGGGUCUAGAAAUUGGGUUGAUAGAUGAUAGGCGUUGGAAACUGUUCCAGGAGAAGCAGGUUCGGAUAUGUGAGGAAAAGAAGCGAUUGAAAAGUGUCAAGAUUUCAGGAGGAGAUUUGGCUGCUGAAGUUACUCACAUGUCUGCUCAGCCUGUGAAACACUCUUCAACAUUGGAAAAUCUACUUAAGAAACCACACAUUCAUUAUGGACUUUUUGAUAAGCAUGGUUUUGGUGACAAGAAUUUAUCAAGAAUAGAAAAAGAAUGUGUUGAAAUUGAUAUCAAGUAUGAAGGUUUCAUCUUGCGUCAGCAAAGCCAACUUCAACAGAUGGUCACUCAACAGCAUAAACCACUUCCGGAAGACUUGGAUUACUAUGCAAUGAUGAAUUUGUCUCUUGAAGCUCGGGAAAAACUUUCCAAGGUUAGGCCUCAAACCAUUGGUCAGGCGAGCAGAGUAGGUGGAGUGAGCCCUGCCGAUAUCACUGCUCUACUCAUUGAACUCGAAGCCAAGAGGAGGAAAGCUCAAGGACGGAGAAUGUACAAAAUGAUAAAUGCAAUGCAAGCUAAUACCCAAGAUGAGGAGCCUGAAGUUUCUUUGACUGAAACAACUAGAUCUGGAUAA